AUGAUAUUUCUGAGUGCAAAUUUGCUUCUGGCCUUCGUUGUGGGAACAUCCAGCUCUGGCUUCGUCGGAGGUUACGGCGAAGGAGCUUCUGCCAGCCAGACGUUCGAUCACGGACAAGGUUACGGACAAGGAACCGAAUUGCAGAGCGGGGACGGACACGGUCCCGAGAUCGACACCGGUGCCGGCAGUUACGAGACCGGAAUUGGUGGAGGUUCGACACACGGCGGCGACUUUGAAACCAAACACUUGGAGGAACACGUGAGCAUCCCGACGCACACCAUCGAACACACGAAACCGGUGCCGGUGCCCGUUUACAAGAAGAUCGGCGUGCCAGUUCCGCAUCCGGUGGGAGUACCGGUGCCGCAAGUCAUCAAGGUGCCAGUACCGCAACCCUAUCCCGUUCACGUUCCGGUACCACAGCCGAUCGCGGUUCCCAUCUACAAAUUGGUGCCGCAGGAGAUUGAGAAGAAGGUUCCGAUUACCGUGCAUAAGAUUGUGCCCGUGGAAGUGGAGAAGCCAUAUAAAAUAGAAAUCGAGAAGCACCAUCUUCAGUACGUGGAAAAGCCGUACCCAGUUCACGUGCCAGUCUACAAGCAUGUCUACCAUCAUGUACCAAAACACGGUGGUGGUGGCGGAGGCCACGGAUGGCAUUAGGGCAUCUUAGAAUAUUAGUUGUUGUUGAA